GAUUCUAUGAUUAAUCAGAAAUGAGAUGACCGUCAGACGUAGCAUUUUGCCAUAAUAUUGAGCAAAAAUCUAUUUUAGUAGUGAAAUAUACUGAUAAGUUGAAUCCGUAGUUUGUCGGUAGAUAUAUUUGGAAUUCAUCAAGAAGUAGCAGUGAUUGGUAUUGUACCCAGCAACUGUGCGAGAUUUGAUAGUGACGUUUUCCGGUGCUACGUGUGAAUAUUCUCUAAAACUUUUGUUUGAAUUUAGGAUUUAAAUGAUACGAAGAACUUAAAAAAUAUCCUCCCACAAUUAAGAUGCAAAACCUUAAUGCAGCUUUUAUUCUCUUAUUAAAUUUUGUGUCUGUUUAUUCAUUUUAUUUGCCUGGAUUAGCACCCGUCAAUUUUUGUAGGAAAGAGGAUGAAAUAGAGGGAUGUAAAGCUGAGGUGAAAUUGUAUGUAAAUCGCCUCAACACUGAAGCAUCUGCUAUCCCUUAUGAAUAUAGUUAUUUUGAUUUUUGUUUACCUCCAGAUGAUUCACCUUCCCCAGUUGAAAAUUUAGGGCAAGUUGUAUUUGGGGAAAGAAUACGCCCUUCUCCCUAUUUGAUUGAAUUUAUGAAAAAUGUCUCUUGUGUUGAAGUAUGCAAAAAGAAGUACAAGGGAAAUAAUAAAGAGGACAUUGAAAAAUUGAAAACAUUGAGGAAAGGUAUAGGUUUAAAUUAUAAGCAUCAUUGGAUUGUUGAUAACAUGCCAGUGACAAGUUGCUAUCUAAAUAGAGAAGGCAAAAUCGUUUGCAUCCCAGGUUUUCAAAUGGGUUGUUAUUCCAAGAAUGGACGCACAACCUGUACCCCAGAAAUUGAAGGACCAGAUUCAUAUUUUAUUUAUAAUCAUGUGGAUUUGAUUAUAACUUAUCAUUCAGGGGCAGAAGAAGAAUGGGGUAGCAGAUUUGGUAGCAAUGGUGGCAGAAUUAUUUCUAUUAAAGUCAUUCCUAGGACAAUUGAUCAUAAGGAUUCUAGUGAUAAAUGCUCAAGGAACUCAAAUCCAUUGAGGUUACCAAAUGAUGCUUUAGGAAAAGAUCAAGAAUUAGAAAUAACUUACACAUAUUCAGUGAUGUUCGUCCAAAAUAAUUCGGUCAAGUGGUCAUCAAGGUGGGAUUAUAUUUUAGAGUCUCAGCCUUAUACUAAUAUUCAGUGGUUCAGUAUAUUGAAUUCUUUGGUUAUUGUAUUAUUUUUGUCUGGAAUGGUGGCAAUGAUUCUCUUGAGAACCCUGUAUAAAGAUAUUGCCAGAUAUAAUCAGAUUGAUAAUGGAGAGGAUGCACAGGAGGAGUUUGGCUGGAAACUUGUUCAUGGUGAUGUAUUUCGACCACCCCGAAAAGGAAUGUUGCUCUCGGUCCUGCUUGGAUCUGGUGUCCAAGUUUUCUGCAUGACUCUUGUCACACUUGCAUUCGCCUGUUUGGGAUUCUUAAGUCCUGCUAAUCGAGGAGCUUUGAUGACUUGCUCCAUGGUGUUGUAUGUUCUCUUAGGCUCACCUGCCGGCUAUGUUUCUGCUAGAAUAUAUAAAAGCUUUGGUGGAGAAAAGUGGAAAUCCAAUGUGCUGCUAACCUCAAUGUUGGCGACCGGAAUAGUGUUUGGUUUAUUCUUUAUAAUGAAUCUAGUAUUUUGGGCUAAAGGGAGUUCUGCGGCAAUACCAUUUAGUACUCUAAUUGGUCUUUUAGCUCUCUGGUGGUUGGUUUCGGUACCUUUAACUUUUAUAGGUGCCUUUUUUGGUUUCCGAAAACGCGCCUUAGAACAUCCUGUCAGAACAAACCAAAUCCCUCGGUUGAUUCCAGAACAGUCUAUAUAUACUGAACCCAUUCCUGGGAUAAUAAUGGGGGGAGUUUUACCCUUCGGUUGCAUUUUCAUUCAACUAUUUUUCAUUUUGAACUCAAUAUGGUCGUCGGCCAUGUAUUAUAUGUUCGGCUUUUUAUUUUUGGUGUUCAUCAUACUGGUGAUUACUUGUGCCGAAACUACCAUACUACUUUGUUAUUUUCACUUAUGCGCUGAAGAUUACCAUUGGUGGUGGCGUUCAUAUUUGACUUCGGGUUUCACAGCAGUGUACUUGUUCCUCUAUUGCUAUCACUAUUUCUAUACCAAACUUCAAAUAGAAGAUUUUGCUUCAGGUUUGUUGUAUUUCGGCUACACUCUAAUCAUGGUUUUCUUAUUUAAUUUGCUCACCGGUACCAUAGGGUUUUUCGCGUGUUUCUGGUUUAUAAGAAAAAUUUAUAGUGUAGUGAAGGUAGAUUGAAGAAGUUAUUUGCCUUUUGGCAUUUGCUGUAUUGUUAAUUUAUUCUUCAGUUAUCUGAAUUUAAAGAAGUAUGUAUGGGAGGAAAUGUUUAAACAUUAAAAAAAAUUAAUAAAAGUAUGAAAGUGAUUUGAAACUUGGGUAAACAAACUGAAACAUAUGUUUUUCAUUUUGUUCAAAAAAUAUUUGUUUAUUUUUAAUAUUUAAUUCAUAAAAAUUACAGGUUCUAAAAACUGCGACUUCUAACCACAUUUGUUAUGCACUUGGCAAGUGUUGAUUUACAGAGGCUAACAAAUGCGUGUACAGUCUAUUCUAUGCUAUUCUAUAUUUAUUCUAUAAAGUCGUCACUUCAACGAUCGAUUAAACAAAAUUUGGCGGUAUAAAAUGUAAAGAGUUAAUUCGAAGGCGGAUUUGAGUAUGAAUUUCAUGUUCAUUUUGUGAAUUGUCUUCACACUUCCCUUUAUGAGUGUUAAAAUUAUUAUUAUGUAACUUUUUUGCACAAUGAAGAUUUGAGUUUGAAGAUUGAAUCGAAUUGAUUCUCUAAGUUUUGUGAUGCAAAUGUAAAAUAUUAGAUUGUAACUUUUCUGUAAUAUAAAAUUAGUUUUUAUCAAAUUCA